UGACAAUGACAGUGGAUGAUAAGUCAGAAGUCAAAGAAAAGUUUGGCAAUCGUCAACUUGGCAUUACUUGCAGAUAUUUUUUAGACCCAAAUAAAGAACAAUAAAAAAUAGUGAUUUUUUACAUUCGACUUUGAAGAAUGGGUGCCACCGAUACAGUAGCCGAUGUAGAAAUGAAGAACGCCGAUAGCCCCCCAGGAAUGGAAGCCGGGGAUAGCAAAAGAGACACAGACUUGCAGAGUGUGCUGGAGAUCCGCGAGCAAGCCAAGCAGAUUGAAAAGGCGGUUUCUAAUAAAGAAAACAGAUUCAUUCUUAGAGUGCUGAGAUGUCUGCCGAACACUCGGAGGAAGCUGAACGGUGUGGUACUCCGCAGUUUGAUUACCCAGCUGUAUCCUGUUUCAGAGAGGGAACCAUUGCUUUGUUUCAUUGAGGAAGCUACUGAAAUUGAUACACCUCAAGCCAGGGCAAGGUCAGCUACAAAAUCUCCACUACCUGAAGUGGACACAUAUAUCAAUCUGCUUAUUUUGGUACGUCUGAUUGAUACAAAUAAACUACCUGAGGCAGAAAGAUGCUCACAGGCUCUGAUGAGCAAAAUUACCAGUCAGAACAGACGGUCUAUAGACCACAUUGCUGCAAAAUGUUAUUUCUACCAUUCAAGAGUAGCAGAGUUAACGAACAAAUUGGACACAAUUAGAGGAUUUUUACACUCGCGUCUUAGAACAGCCACAUUAAGAAACGAUUUUGAAGGUCAAGCCGUACUUAUCAAUUGCUUGUUACGAAAUUAUUUGCAUUACUCACUCUAUGAUCAAGCGGAUAAGCUUGUGAGUAAAUGCGUGUUUCCAGAGACUGCCAGUAAUAAUGAAUGGGCGAGAUUUUUGUACUAUCUCGGUCGCAUCAAGGCCGCUAGGUUAGAGUAUAGUGUAGCUCACAAGCAUCUAGUGCAAGCAAUGAGAAAAGCACCGCAGAAUGCCGCAGUAGGUUUCAGACAAACUGUGCAAAAGCUACUUGUAGUUGUAGAGUUGCUUCUUGGAGAUAUUCCUGAGAGGCAGAUCUUCAGACAAGCCAGCAUGCGAAGAUCCCUUGCACCAUACUUUCAACUGACCCAAGCUGUCAGAAUGGGCAACCUUCACCGUUUUGGAGAAGUAUUGGAAAACUUUGGACCGCAGUUCAGAACAGAUCAUACAUUCACCCUCAUCCUGCGCUUACGCCACAAUGUCAUCAAGACUGCAAUCAGAUCUAUCGGAUUAUCGUACUCUAGAAUAUCGCCCCAAGAUAUUGCCAAAAAACUAGGGCUUGACUCUGCUGAAGACGCGGAGUUUAUUGUAGCUAAAGCCAUAAGAGAUGGCGUGAUCGAAGCUACACUAGACCCUGAGGCUGGAUGUAUGAGAAGCAAAGAGACCAUGGACAUAUACUGCACUAAAGAGCCACAGAUGGCUUUCCAUCAACGUAUAUCCUUCUGCUUAGAUCUGCAUAAUCAGAGUGUGAAAGCCAUGAGGUAUCCUCCGAAAGCUUAUGGUAAAGAGCUGGAAUCUGCAGAAGAAAGAAGAGAAAGGGAACAACAAGAUUUAGAACUGGCGAAAGAAAUGGCCGAGGAGGAUGAUGACGGUUUUCCUUAGAUUUUUUGGCUUGUAUCUAAUAUUUCAAUAAUUGUUUAUUAUACUUUGUAAAACUGAAAAAAGCUUUCUUCAUUAAAUGUUUGAAAGUCUUUUGCAAUUUUUUGGGAGCGAUGUCCGCGUUUGCCCCGUCAACAGGGCAUGUACGGUUGACGUGACUGUAGAUGGGAAAAACAUUUGCUAGAAUGGUGAAGGAAAAAAGUAAUGAUAUAGAAGUGAUAGGAACAAGACAGAUUUGAUAGAAAAGUAACCUAUUUCCCACAUUUUGACGUCUUUUGAAGUAAACAGCUGAUCAGCAAUUGACAUAUUUGUUCAUAACCUUAAAUAUGACUCGCAGCCUAAUUAGCACCAUACCAGCUUUGCAGGUUACCCAAUUAUUCUGUAGAUUUGGAUCCCUUGUUUAGUUAUGCCCGCUACAUACGUAACGAUAUAUCGUAGCGAUUCAUCUGUGCAAACCGAUUGGCGCAGAUUUAUCGAUCAUGUGUAUGAAAAAUCGUUGCAGCUUUAUCGUUCAUGGCGGCAGUUACAAUUUCUAUAAGAUAAAUCGUUGUCGAUCGCGUUUGCACAGUUUUAUGGUCGCAUGUGGAUGACGGCCGUUCAGUUCGUCACUUCGUGGCGAGGUUUGCUUGCGUGCGCACGCGUGGUUCGCACUCCUGAUUACUUACCUUACAAGUUGCAACAUGUCGGAAGAAGAAAGAGGUGGACACCGCGAACAACUGGAAGAGUUUAUAGCAAGCUACAGACGCGAAACUUGCCUUUGGCAGACAAAAUCUAAGGAGUACCAUGAUCGCAACAAAAAAAAAUGCCGCCUACCACAGGCUGGUCGAAAAAUACAAAAACAUUGAUCCAAAUGCCAACAGGGACAUGGUGGUUAAUAAGAUUAAUAAUCUUAGAACUGCAUAUAGAAAAGAGCUUAAUAAAAUAAAAAAAUCGCAUAAAUCCGGAGCAGGAACUGACGAGAUUUAUACUCCUCACUUAUGGUACUUCGAGUUGCUAAGUUUUUUAUACGAUCAAGAAGUACCGAGACCAUCGAUAUCGAACAUGGAUGAGGACGAAAAUGAGGAGCAUUCAGCUGCCAGCAUCGGCUCACCGAGUAACGAAGGAGAUACACUAACCUCAAACUAUUCUGACACCGAAAGCGACACACCGACCCCGAAUCGUUCUGACAGCGAGCGAGAUACACCAAUCUCGAACCCUAGUCGGCCAAGGCCAGGAAAGAAUAAAUUAACUGACGACGUACUUAGGUCUAUAAAUGAUCAUUUUAAACGGCCUAGAAUUCCAGAGAAUCGCCUCGAAGUGUUUGGAAAAAAUGUGGGAAUGAAACUACAAGAGUUACCAAAAGGACAAAGAAUAAUAGCGGAAAAAAUUAUCAAUGAAAGUCUGUUCUUAGCAGAAAUUGGUAGCCUAACUAUGUCACACACUGUGAGAAACGAUGACUUUGCCAACACUACUCAACCCCGGCCACACACUCAACCCCUUUAAACUCCGCCACACAUUAAAACCCAAUAUCAAUUACAAGCUAACAAACACAGCUUUCAAAAACGUUCUCAAGUUGACUAUGAAUCCUCAAGUGUAUCAUCAAUAGAAUCUACACCACAAUCACGGCCAGAUUUUAAUGCACAAUCUGUUAAUACAAUUAUUGUUACCCAGCCAGACCUUAAUGCACAAUCUGAUACUACAGC